CCCAGGCGCGGUGCGCUGUCGAGCUCCGCCGAGCAGAAUCGAGAGCAACGUGCUCCGGGGUUCCGGGGCGCUCGGAAAAUUCGGGAGGAUGGUUCUCCGACAGCUGCUGUCCGCCCUGCUGCAUAACGCGCAGCUGGUGGAACGUCUGUCCGAGUCGCGGCCCAUCCGGCGCGCGGCGCAGCUCACGGCCUUCGCGUUGCUGCAGGCACAGCUGCGCGGCCAGGACGCGGCCAGGCGCCUGCGCGACCUGGCGGCCGGGCCCGCGGGCUCCCUGGGCCGCCGCGCCGCCCGCUUCAACGACACGUUCAAGCAGGAACUCCGCCGCGGCCUUCGGGACCGCCCGGGCCCACCGCCGGGGAGCCAGAGGAAUUCGGGCCAGAGCCCCUAGAGCCAGGCCGGGCCGGGCUGGCGUCCCCUGCUUUCACCUGUGGCCCAGGACCCGACCUGCGUGACCUCGAAUCCGGACACCGGUCGUCGGCCGGCGGAGGAGCCACUCAGCAGAGACCCCGGGCCGAGCGGAACACCGGGUGGAGCCCUGUGAUCGGACAGUUUGCGGGGACCCCUUCGCCCGACCCCCCGAAGCACGACGGCGAGCUGAGCCUGCAGGCACCACGGAGAGAGCCAGGGACCAAGUCAGAGGCCCCCAAGGGAGCUGCCCUCUGCGGACGGGACUGGGGCUCCGGGCAGGGCGAGACCGAGCGAGAGACGACCGACUUUGCCGACUGCCAAAAGCCUCCAAUUAAAUGUCCGAGCUGAGUGAUGACCGAG